CGUACCCAUUCGGUCUCCUUCUCUCCCCCUCUUACUGUGCCCCUUUAUCUACAGCUUUUACCACUCAAAGGUGGAGACCUGCCUGACAAGACAAAGCCAGGGUAUUAAAACCCAUAGAACACAUCUCGACGAGGCACUGAAACCUCAUUGGUCACAUUCCUGAUUGCGUGGCGAAGGCGGAAGUGAGGCGUCUCUGUGAUGUGAUGAGAGCACGAUGAUCGCAGAUCUGUUGAUAUUCGGGACCUUACUGGUGAAUGCAGGGGCUGUGCUGAAUUUCAAGCUCAAAAGGAAGGAGAGCCAAGGAUUUGGAGAUGAGUCCAGAGCGCCAACGACAGGUGACAACGUCAGGGAGUUCCUGCUCAGCCUGCGAUACUUUCGGAUCUUCAUCGCUCUGUGGAACGUCUUCAUCAUGUUCUGCAUGAUCCUAUUGUUUGGAUCAUGAUCAACAUGUGCAGUGAGAGUCUCCCACUUCCCACUUCGUCUCUAAACUUCUCUUUUUCUUUUCCUUUGACCAUUUUUAACUGUAAUUAUGCUCCAUUUUCUUUACCACUGCAAAUUCUAAAUCCAUAUCUGGCUGUACAGGAAUUUGUGAAUUGCUGUAUUUAUUUUUUCUCAUAGAAGUUGUUACAUUUCUCCUUUUUGUUUUGGUUUAAGCUGUAACUAUACCAGCACCCCUGUCUUCUGCUGGACACGUGUCGUCAGUGUGCCCUUGUGCUUCAGUACAGCAUGCUGGUUUCUUUAUUAAAGAGACACCAGGGCUGAAAAAUGACAGGCAGCUUUUACUAAGAGGAGAGAAAAUGUUUUUCUGUGCUCAUCAGCCGUCUGUCUGGUGGUGAUGGUGAACCUUUGACUUACUGAGAUCAUCUUGCUGAAACGUCCUUUUAUUCCUUUUACCUACACGGCUGUCAGAGUUCAGCUGGAUCCAACAGACAAAUCAGAAAGAUCUCUAUCACUUUCUGAUAUGAUAAAUGGCUCCAACAUCUAUAAGUUUUACUUACCUGCUGUUAUGUGCAGCCUCAAGGAUAAAAAAAAAUGUAAUUUUCCUUAAUUCUGGGGCACAUGUGCUGUAAGUAAAUGUAUAUGCGCUAUAAUGUAAAUGUGUCCUUAUUCUUAACAAUAAAAAUCCAGUUUUCUUACCAAA